GGAAGGAGUGGGAGGAGCUAUUUCUUCAACCUCUUCCUCUCUCUCUCCUUCUUUUCUGGGUUUUGCAGUAGUCAUCAUCCCCGGAAACUCAGAUUGUUCCCGAAAAGUCAAAAGCCGGAGAUGAUGGAGCUCUAAUCUCCAUUUCUUUUGUUCUUAAUGAGGUUAUGCUUUUUGAUGAUAGAGACGUUUUUGACUUACAAUGAGCACACCAAGAAACGGCUUUUCCAAGCAUCAGAGAGCUGACAAAGUUUCUGGUCAAGGAGGGCCGAAUUGGAUCCUAAUCGCUGGGGGAGCCUUGUUGAGUACUUUGUCCAUUCGCUUUGGCUACAAGCUUAAGCAGUCGCUUCAUUUCAAACCUGAUUCUAAUGGCUCUGUUGGGUUAAAAGCCAAUGGUACAUCUGAGAGGCCAAAAUCUGGAGGUUGUUGUUUGCACUCCCACACUUCUUCCUGUGCUCAUAAUAAUGAUUAUUCCUGCUUCCACUCCAUUCCAGGAACUGGGAAUGUGGAUGGAAAAGAGGAGACAAACGAGCAAAUGGUAUCGGCAUCUGACACUUCACUGCCUCUUGUGACGGUUCCUGCUCCAUCUUACAGCAAAGAGAAUGGAGUGAUGUGGACUUCUUCUCCUGAUCGCUUGGAACUACCCCCGAGACCAUACAAUCACCAUUCAACCUGCUCGGAUUCACCUUGCGUAUCUGAAACCAGCUCGGACAUCUUCAGCAAACGAGAAGUAAUACAGAAACUGAGGCAACAGCUGAAGAGGCGCGACGACAUGAUACUGGAAAUGCAGGAGCAGAUUCUAGAGCUGCAAAACUCGUAUAACGCGCAGAUGUCACACUCUAGCCAUCUCCAGGAACAGCUAGACUCGAUGAACAGAGAUCUGUUCGAAUCAGAAAGAGAAGUUGAGAGACUGAGAAAAGCGAUCGCUGAUCACAGCGUGAGCAAUGGCAAGGCAUCUCCUGUUGCAACUUGGAGUGGCCAUGUGAACGGGUUUAUGGACAGCGAGAACAAUUAUGAGUCACCGGAGAAGGGGUCAAGGGAUGGAGAUAGAAUAGAGAGGUUGAGAAAGGAAGUGGGUGAGCUUAAAGAAGUGAUAGAUGGGAAAGAUUAUCUACUUAAGAGCUAUAAAGAACAGAAGAUAGAGCUUCAGCAGAAGGUAAAAGAGUUGCAGCAGAGAUUGGACUCACAGCUCCCAAACAUAUUGUAGGUUUAGAGUUAGUGCAUUGUGCAUACUUUCUUCUCUCCUUUUUAUUUUGGGUAUUUCCGGUGUCUUCUAGAAAGUGAAUCAAUGUCCUAAGUGAUCUUUGGAGUAGCUCACUCUAAAGAGAAUUUUUUUUUUUCUGGCGUAAGCUUUGGUUUUGGAAUGUCUUGAUUUUUGUUUAUUUGUGACCACCUUUGUCUCGCUUUUGAUGUUUGGUGUAAAGGAAAGUUAGUUGUUGAAGAUUAUGAGGCGGGAAUGAAUACUUUGCUGCUUCUUUUCCUUUGUGUAAUUUUC